AUGCCGACAAAGCCCCAAACACCGGGGAGGGGUCAAACGCGGACCGAAGCAGCAUACAAUCUCCCAAACGAUGAUUCGGGCUCGGGAGCAGAAGCUCCGGCCCGCAGGCGCCUGCAAAAGUCGGCCUCGACCAACUUCCCCUCGAACAACACCAAUUUUGACACCUCAAAUGGAGUCGCCGGACCGCGCGCAGGUGGGGUGAAUAGGAGAAGACUUUCAAUUCGUGACCAAAGGGUCCCUCAGGGCCCACGACCGCAAGACGCUUCGCGAUGGAGCAAACCUGCCCCGUACCCUCACUCUGGGAACUCGUCUGUUGAUUCUACGAUUGAUUCAACUAAAAGCUUCAACCUUCGAUCUACGAGUGUGGGCAACCUGUCAAAGGCCGAUCCCAACCAUGCAGACAAUACGGAUUUCCCAACGCCAGUCAACUUUGAUGAGUUUCAUAACAGCAUCGUGGGUGAGCCCAGCUUGAACCACUUCCCCAUGCCCGGUAGCGGCAGUUCAGGUGAGAACCGUGAAACGGGCACUAUGACGAAUCCCUGGGAAAACCACACGUAUGCGGGUAAUGUAUCAGACCGUACACGGGGUCCUACCGCUCGACGAAAGAGUGAAGUGCAACGUCCAAAUGGUUCGAACGCCGCUGCAGGGCUCACAGCAUCUUCUGCCAAUACCCGCGCUCGCCGCCAGAGUAUAGCCCAGCCGUCUGCCGGAAGUGCUUCAAGGGCCCCGCGCAAAUCUAUCAGCUCUGGAGCAUUUGCGCCUACCAAUGCUUCGGCCAGGCGCGCCAGUCUAAGUGCUCGGAAAAUCAGCACUGCUGACACCGCUUCGGCAAAUAACUUGCUUCGCCCUCGGCUUCCAGAGUCUGGUGCUAAAGUUCCGUCUUCUGUUCGAAACCUCAAGGCAAAAUCAUUCCAGCCCAGCCCAAGGGAACCCCGUAGUCAGUUUCUGACUGCCACUGGAGUCAUUGACCAUACACGAUCAAAUUCCACCAACGCCGUGCGGACCCCGGUAAGAAACCCUUCUGGCGCCGUGGCGACUCCUUCCUCUGCCUCUAAGCGGGCUUCUGUUAUGCCGCCACAUGCCACUGGACUUGGUGCUCGAACAAUCAGUCCCACUGACGCACGACGACUGAAGCGAAUGUCGAUUGCGCCUCCUGCCCCUCCGAUGCCACAUACACCUCCCACCCAGACAGAACCUAUGCCCAUCCGUCCUCUAUCAUCAACUCAAUCUCCCUCUCAAAUUCCGAGGAAAAGCGUCACACCUUCCUCGAACCGAACCACGCCUGACCCAAAUCGCAAGUCGUACAGUUCGGGGUUGUCUGUCUCCUCAAGCACCAGCUAUAACUCGGCGCGAACUUCUGGGAGCUCUCUUCAAAACCGGCUGUCCCAAAAUCUAUCUUCGUCCCGACUCCCUACGCCCAAGCCACGCACAGAGCAAGCAAACUCCAACGGGGAAGAAGUACCGCCGGUUCCAGCGAUUCCCAAGGCCUACGAGUCGCCUAAAGGUGAACUGGAUGCGCCUGUCUUCCCUGCGCCCAGAAAAUCAAGUAUUCCUGUGGAUUUGAGCCCCCUAAACAUUAAAGAUUCAGAUGCCGAAGCGCACCCUACCGCCCAAGUUGAGAAAAUUGACCAUGCCGAAACAAAAACUCCUGAUGCGCGAUCCCGAACUUCUACUGUUUUAGCAGGACGGAAGGGUUUGCAGCCCUUGAAACUGCCCCCGCUAAAUUUGUUGCCUUUGGGCACACCCAUGGCGGCCAAAAUUGAGGCACUCAAGGACAGGGACAACGAGCGCAAAGCUCACACCCCCUCCAACCAGGUGAUUUCAAAAACGCCCAGUACUCCGAUGACAGCGUCCAAGGCGAAUUUCUGGUACCGUGAUGAAGAUGACCAACUGCCCCUCACUCAAGCACGAAGCAGCACCUCUCACUUUGCCGUCAGCUCAUCAACCGCCGCGCUGCGAGCUUCAAGCAGUACGAGCGCGUUCGACUCGUUUGAAACGCCAAGUGCAGCUCGCAACAUUUCUCCCUAUGCCUCAUAUACGCUGCCCAAGAGUGGUGCGGAGCUCAACCAUCUCCGCCACCAGGUCAGCGCCGACUACUCGAACCAGACGCAAGCACAAAAGCUGAAUGGUCCACGGCCUCAAACGCAAAGUGCCAUUUUCACCCCCGCUCCAGAACGGCUCAGUCAAAUAUCGACGCCUUCGGAUCCUGAGAGUGUCACUGUCGCUGCGUCCGGCACCUCUCUUCGGGAACGGCUUAAGGUGGCACGGCUUCGCAGCAACUCGAAGCCCCAAAAGGCAGAAGCCGAUGCUGAUCCUGCCAAGUACAAUCAUAUGCCGCCGCCUAAACUUCCAGCCUCUGCAACAUGGAACAACCUGUGUUCAGUCAACUCGACGAGCCCCAACCCCAAGCCAUCUUAUCUCAAUCCUCGCCGACAAUCUUCUAUCUCAAGUAUUACAAAUCCGACGACUCGGAAACCAAGUGUCAGUAGCGAGAAAAGUCUUGCCCUGGAGCCAACCCCCUCCAAUGAGUCGGCCGAAAGCGACCGCUCUAAACGCGUGCAGAGCACGUACAUCUCUCCUGUUCACAAGAUGAUCAAUCACGCUAGAUCUAGUGUUGCGGCUGCUUCCCGGCCCAUUGACAGCACUGUUGAUCCAGACGUGGCGAUUGCAGAUGAAGAGAUGAUGCGACUUGGGUCUAAACGCAAAGACUUUCAAAAAGCGGCGCGUGUGCUAGACGACUUGCGCCGCAAGGCUGGUCCAAAAGAUCGUGUCAGUCCCGCUCAGGCCUUGAAGAUGGCAACGCUCAACAUAUUUGAACGCGGUGAGAUCAUCGAUUAUCGCGAUGUUUUCUUCUGCGGUACCCAUACUGCCAAGAAACAUGUUGGAGAUCUCCACUCCAGUGCGGCCAACUUUGGUUACGAUGAUGAUCGUGGCGAUUAUAACAUUAUCAUCGGGGACCAUCUGGCUUACCGGUACGAAGUUGUCGAUGUCCUGGGCAAGGGUAGUUUUGGCCAGGUCGUUCGAUGCGUCGACCACAAGACUGGGGCUCUGGUUGCGAUUAAAAUCAUUCGCAACAAGAAGCGAUUCCACCAGCAAGCCCUGAUUGAGGUCAAUCUCCUACAAAAACUAAAGGAAUGGGAUCCUCAUGGCAAGCAUAGCGUGGUCAACUUCACCCAAAGCUUCUAUUUCCGUGGUCAUCUAUGUAUUUCAACAGAACUCCUUGGCAUGAAUCUUUAUGAAUUCAUCAAGGCCCAUGAGUUCCGGGGCUUCUCGUUGAAGCUGAUCCGUGUUUUCACCAAGCAGAUGCUAAGCAGUCUUGUGCUGUUGCAUGCGAAGAAAGUCAUUCACUGUGACUUGAAGCCCGAAAACAUUCUUCUCGUUCACCCGUUGAACUCCGAAAUCCGAGUCAUUGACUUUGGCUCAAGUUGCUUUGAGAAUGAAAAGGUCUAUACUUAUAUCCAGAGUCGCUUCUACCGUUCGCCCGAGGUCAUCCUCGGAAUGUCGUACGGCAUGCCGAUAGACAUGUGGAGUUUAGGUUGCAUUUUGGCUGAGCUGUUCACCGGUUAUCCUAUUUUCCCAGGAGAGAAUGAGCAAGAACAGCUUGCUUGCAUCAUGGAAGUCUUUGGUCCUCCGGAAAAACACCUUAUUGAGAAGAGCUCACGCAAGAAGUUGUUCUUUGAUUCUCUGGGCAAGCCGCGUUUGACUGUUUCAUCCAAGGGACGCAGACGUCGUCCGAGUACCAAGGAGCUCCGACAGGCAUUAAAGUGUGACGAUGAAGCCUUCCUCGACUUCCUUACUCGCUGCCUUCGCUGGGAUCCUUCUCGUCGGCUCUCGCCCCAUGACGCAUUGAAGCACGAGUUCCUCACUGGUGUCAAGGCCCCUCGGCCCAGGAUGUAUACAUCAAACUCGCCCCCCAAGCGAGGUGUCACGUCCGCGGCUCGUCCUCUCCCUGAUCCUCCAGGCACAACGCUGAAGAGCGGGUUCAUGCGCACUCGCGAUGUCUCGGCCAACUCCCCGGUCAAGGGUAGUGGCAAACGACACUCGACUGUAAAUGGACCUCCGUCCAGCCCUGGCAAGCGAGGGUCCAGCAAUUCUACUACUGCUGGGUCCGCGCUCCCUCGCGUUUCGGCGCGGAGUAUCAGCGGGAAGCCAGACCUCGCUACUGCGGCGGCUGCGACAAGCCUGGGCCUGGACGAAGAUGCCUUCGGGGAAAAGUCUGGUUUGGCUGCCCUGAAGACCUUCGACGCCUUUCCCAAAACAAAAGCCGCCUACACAACCCCAACCCGCAGUGGCGGCCAAUGGACCGUCCUAAUUCUCCUCAUAUGCACGAUCUUCAGCUGGUCCGAGUUAAAAACCUGGUGGCGCGGCACCGAAAACUACCACUUCAGCGUUGAAAAGGGCGUCUCACACGAGCUCCAGCUAAACCUCGACAUGGUCGUGCACAUGCCCUGCGAGCAGCUCCGCGUGAACAUCCAAGACGCAGCCGGCGACCGCAUCCUAGCCGGCGAGCUCCUCAAACGCGACGACACAAACUGGCUCCUCUGGAUGCAAAAGCGCAACUACGAGACCAACGACGGCGCCCACGAAUACCAAACCCUCUCCCACGAAGAAUCCGACCGUCUCGCUCAGCAAGAGGCCGACGCCCAUGUCGGCCACGUCCUCGGCGAGGUGCGCCAUAACCCGCGCCGCAAGUUCCCCAAGGGCCCGCGUAUGCGCCGCGGCAUCGUCCCAGACGCCUGUCGCAUCUACGGAAGUCUCGAGGGGAACAAGGUGCAGGGUGACUUCCACAUCACCGCGCGUGGCCACGGGUACCGCGAGAACGCGCCGCAUCUGGAUCACUCGUCCUUCAACUUCUCCCACAUGAUCACGGAGCUCUCCUUCGGGCCGCAUUACCCGACCCUGCAGAACCCCCUCGAUAAGACGAUCGCUGAGAGCGAGGAGCACUACUACAAGUUCCAGUACUUCCUCUCUAUUGUGCCGACGCUGUACAGUCGAGGAAAGGGCGCGCUGGACGCGUACACGCGCUCACCAGACGCUGCGGCUGCGCGUUACGGGCGUAAUACGGUCUUCACAAACCAGUACGCGGCAACGAGCCAGUCUAGCGUGAUUCCUGAGUCGCCGAUGGUUGUGCCGGGCAUCUUCUUCAAGUAUAACAUUGAGCCGAUCCUGUUGCUGGUCAGCGAGGAGAGGGCGAGCUUUUUAUCGCUGCUGAUUCGGGUUAUCAACACCAUUUCGGGUGUGCUUGUUACUGGUGGCUGGCUUUAUCAGAUUAGCAGUUGGGCUGGUGACAUCUGGGGCCGUCGGAAGAGUAGGUCAUCUGAGGGAUAUUUGACAGGCAAGUCAUCUAUGGAUUAA